UUAUCGUGUGGCGCCCGAUAUUGCCGGGACGGCGAACAUGACUUUGCGGGCGACUUGUGAGAGGUUGACACCGCAGGUGUGGUACAACCAAAGGAUCACGUCCGCGGGUCACUUCUGGGCACAGAGAGGCGAGAGGGUCCAGAAGCCGGACAUUGUCGGUAAGAAUGCUAAGGCCGAGUACGAGAUGACGGUGGAGGACUACAUGUCGGUUAUCCCCGAUUGGGCCGAGCCACAUGCCGAGGCAUGGGAGGAGAUGGUUAGGACGAGGUGGCUCAAGAUGGACGAGGACUUUGCAGCCGUGGCGAGGCGGAACGCGGAGAACCGAGGCGACGGUGGCACACACUGUGGGAGAAACCUCAGCUACGAGCGCUACAAGGGGAAGACGCCUCAGCCCUCGCUCCCUGAGUACUUCGGCACCUACGCCGAGGACGCCGAGAACUACUGCGCGAUGGCAUCGAUGGUGGCCAAUCAAACUGGACAGACAGUGGAUUUAGGGCCGAUGCCUCCCUUUCCGGGGCCGGCGCCAAACAUGCCAUCGAAGGAAAAUUUCGCUGCGGAGUACUAUGGGAGAACAGCGCAAAAAAAAGAAAAAAAUGGUCAGCUCUACGCCGACGGGUUCCCCCUCGGGGAAGCGUCGACAUGA